CUCCAAGGUCACUGACCCUUCCUCCGAAAUGCACACGGGAGCCAGUUAAACCGCAAUGCAGCACCACCCGUUCGGGACGUGGAGACAGCAGUUUACUUGUCUACCAUGCUCCUAAUUCAUCCAAGCCAAGAGUGGGCACAAGCAGGAGAGACAGUGUCCACGGCUACAGGUUGCCCUGGGAUAGGGAAGAAGAGAUUCUAUAGGUUCGCUGCCUACAACUGUCAUGCCACCAACCUCAAGAGGCCGGGCUUCUAUGGGUGCCUCUGGUUGGCGCCAAAUACGACGGUCAGAUUGUCCUACAUUGUCAGCCGUUGGUGCCAGCGUCAUUGCCGGACAUUGAAAAGCAAGCCCCAUUGCCACUGUCAUAGCUCCAGUUCGUGUACCAGACGCCGUCUGCAGAUCCCUCACUCAAGACGAUUCGGCGCAGCGCGGCCCAGAGAUAGUCAAAGUCGUGCUACGGGAAGGAUUGGAGCUGUGCGAGCCCAGCAGCCAUAUGCAGACGCUGCGUAGCGAUCAUCCUAGACAAGCAUACUGACUUUCUGCCGCUCUCUAUACCACAUGCUGGCAUGAUCAGCAACGCCUCACAGCAAAGGAGCUCAUAAAAGGAAACGCGGCAGGAGAGACCUUCACACAAACCUAACAGCCUGCUGCUAACCAAAGCGCCUUCUUUGCAUUCCGGCAGCUUGCACAACGUUGCUGGCACAGGAUAAGGAUGUCGAUAAGUACACCACAACUUCAGGAGCCCAUUGCUGCUCUAUGGGCCGGCAUUGUUGGAACAUGGGUGCUGAAUUC